CUUCUCCACUUGAAUCUCUUGAUUUGAGUAGAAACAACUUAGAAGGGACAAUACCUUUGUUCUUCUUUAACCUUCAAAAUCUUACAUCACUAGAUCUUUCAUCAAACAAAUUUUUUGGUCGUUUGAUUGAUUUGCAAAAUGUGACUUCUCCAUUGCAAAUUCUUGUUUUGAGCGACAACAACUUGGAAGGGACAAUACCUUCAUUCUUCUUUCGACUUCAAAGCCUUACAUCACUUUUUCUAUUACUAAACAAUUUUUUGGGUCAACCGAUUGAUUUGCAAAAUGUGACUUCUCCCCUUGAAUUACUUGAUUUAAGCUACAACAACUUGGAAGGGACAAUACCGUUGUUCUUCUUUCAACUUCAAAAUCUUACAUCAAUAAAUCUUUCAUCAAACAAAUUUUUUGGUCAAAUGAUUGAUUUGCAAAAUGUGACUUCUCCAUUGCAAUAUCUUCAUUUAAGUAGCAAUGACUUUGAAGAGACAAUACCUACAUUCUUAUUUCAACUUCCGAAUCUUACAAUGCUCGAUCUUUCAUCAAACAAAUUUAACGGUAUAGUACAUCUAACAAAAUUUAAAAGCCAGUAUAUUGACAUUCUUGACUUUUCCCAUAACAAUUUGGUAAUUGAGACAACCAUAAGCACAUCAGAACUUCCCUUACUCCCUCAGUUUGGAGACUUAAAUUUGGCCUCCUGCAAUUUGCGAAAAAUUCCUGAUUUUUUGAAAAGCCAAUCUAUGUUGUGGUGGUUAGAUCUUUCCAACAACACUAUUAGCGGAGAAAUCCCUAACUGGAUAUGGGGAAUUGGUAAUGAGAAACUCUAUGGCCUCAAUCUUUCUCACAAUCGUUUGACGCAUAUGAAAGAGCCAAUGGAAUAUGGUUCUCUUACUUUCCUUGAUCUAAAUUCUAAUAUGCUAAGUGGACAGAUUCCACGACCACCACCUGAGGCACAGUAUUUAGACUUCUCCAACAACAAUUUCUCCAUGAUUCCUCUUCAUAUUGCUGAUCAAAUCCCAUAUCACCUUUAUUUCUUUUCCAUGGCAAAAAAUAGAGUAAGUGGAAAGAUCUCAACUUCCUGGUGUCGAGCAGCCUAUCUGGAAGUGCUUGACUUGUCCCACAAUGCUUUGCAUGCCACAAUACCAUCAUGUCUGGUUCAAAAUAACAGCGAUCUCGCUGUAGUGAAUCUUAGAGGAAAUCAUUUAAGUGGUGAGAUAUCACUAAAGUUUCAACACAGUUGUUCUUUAGAGACAUUGGAUCUUAGUCAGAAUCUCUUAGAAGGGAAAGUUCCUCCUUCCUUGAUCAACUGCACAGAGCUUAGGAUCUUAAAUCUUGGAAACAACAAAAUAAGUGAUACCUUUCCUUGUUGGCUCAAUAAAUUGUCAAAUCUGCACAUUCUGGUAUUGCGUUCCAAUCAUUUUCAUGGAAGCGUUUCUUGUCCCAUGCUUGGAAUUGGGGUAAACGACAGCUGGCCAAGUUUACAAGUCAUUGACCUAUCUUCCAAUAAUUUCAGUGGACAUCUACCAACUGAUUUAUUCUUGGCAUUAAAAGCUAUUUUGGUUGAGAGGAAUGAAUUAAACUCAAAGGCUGACUACUUGCACUUCACAUCUCAAGGAGUUUCGAUUUACUAUCAAGAUUCAGUCAUACUGUCUCUAAAAGGACAAAUUUACACUAUAGAGAGGAUUCUAUCUAUCUUCACUUCUAUUGAUUUUUCAAGUAAUCAAUUUGAAGGCAGUAUUCCAGAGAGUGUUAGAGAGCUUAAACAGCUUUAUCUCCUUAACAUCUCUCACAAUGCCCUAACUGGCAAUAUUCCUCCAUCUCUUCAAAACUUGAAAGCUUUGGAAGCACUGGACCUUUCAUUCAACAACCUAACAGGAAAUAUCCCGGUGCAAAUAGAGAUCCUAACCUUCCUGGAAAUCUUAAACGUGUCAUACAACCAUCUCGUUGGAAGGAUUCCAAGAAGCACUCAAUUGGAUACCUUUGAUGCAAGCUCAUUCAUGGGAAACAAGGGGCUAUGUGGAUUCCAACUUAAUGUAUCAUGCUCUGGCAUCGAUGAACCAGCAUCUCCAAUACCAGAAUCAGAAGAGAAAGAAUCAACUCACCACGUUGAUAUCUACAUUAGCAUUGCAUUUGGAUUUGCUGCAGGUUUAGGAGGAAUCUUUGUGCCACUUUUGCUAUCCAGCAAAUGGAGAUCAUAUUAUAACAAGAUGAUAGAUGGAAUUCUGUUAAAGAUAUUCUUUCAGAGAGGUCAAGAGAGAAGAAAGAAGUCUCGUUAGCAAAACUUCUUUUCAAUCUACAAUUUUGGUGCUUAUAUUCUUCUUGUCAACCACCUACGUUGCUUAGGCAAAAUCUGGCUCCACACUCGUCAAGACUCAAGGACUCCUUAGAUAGGGACCAGUACUUGGUAUGGUGUGUCCGUGUUCACAAGAGGCCACCUUACAGGCGCAAUUGUUUUGGUUCGGCAAGUCAAAGGAAUAAGGGGUGCGAAACAGAGGGUCAGGGCGGUGCAAGACAAGCUAGCCCAAUGGAAGAUUGGUGCAAGUCAGGAAGCAGACCCAUGCAAAGGGGUCCAAGAAGGGAGGUGGUGCCCAGGGCUACCGCCCUGAGCCGUGAGGGCACGGGCAGGUGCGACUGCCACCCAGCUAAAAGAGUUAGGGAAGCGCCUUCAGAGGGUUGUUCGUCCCAGCUACCUAAUGAUUUUGUGGAAGAUCCAGUUGUUGGUAUUCAAAGAAUGCGGCAGGAAUUAGAGUGCCACAUUUGCUUUUGUAGAGGCAUUGGAAGAUUUUACGUGACAAUAGAGGAAGGACAUUUGUGAUAUUGGGUUUGGUGUUGUUCUUGAGUUAAAGAUUAAGGAGUUGCCCGUUCGGUUGGGUCGUUGGUUGCUGUCAAAUUCUGACAGUGAGAAGAUGUGCGUACUGUUGGGUGAGGGGGAGGUCUUCAUUGUUAGGGAGGAGGAUGUUAGUUCCAUUCUCGUGUUCCCACGAGGUGGAGGUGUUAUAACAAGGCGGGAUCGCUAUGUGAAGAGCAAGUUGUUGACUGCGCGGCGAAAGAAGUUUGAGAAGCAACAACAUGAUGUGUCCCUCGCUGAAGUUGAACAGCUUAUUAGGGAGGAUCUUUAUGGGGUUUGUGGUUCAAGAUGUAUUUUAUGGUUCUAUUGAUUUCCUCGCUGAUUUCUUGUAUGAGCAAUGGAUAUUGUAAUCAGAUAGUGUUCCAUCAUUUGGAUGAUGUUGCUACUAUCUCACAACAGAAUUGGUGUCGUUAUCUGAUUGAGGAACUUGUUUCUACACAUGCGAUGUGGAUGGCAGGCGGCAACCCACGGUUUUCGGGUUAUAUCCUCUUCUAGCUUGAUUUUAUUGUAUUGUGAUCGGGUUCGACCUACGGUUCGUGUCGUGCCUCGGGCUGUCCUAGCGUUUCGGGGGCUAACAUCACAGAUGCUUCAUUGGCGCGAGGCCUUGGAGAUUCCGGGGGGGGGGUGGUUUUAGGUAUGGUGAGCUUGAGUUUCCUUGUGUUGUGUCGUCCGAUGCAAUGCCCGAGGGUGGUAGAUUGUCUGCUGACGGGGGUGUGGAUUUGCGAGGUACUCGUGGUGAUUCUGCUGCCCCGAUUUCUCCUGUUCCUCCCCAUUAGAUACUAGUUUCAUAUUUUUUGUGCACUUGUAUUUUUCUUCCAUAAUAGGUUAUAUUUCGUUAUGCGUUCUAUGUUCUCUAUUCUAAUUUUUUUUUUCCAUAAUGUCAGUUGUUUGGGUUAUUUUUGUUUGAUUUUUAGACAUUACUUGAGCGCUUGGCUGACAAGACCGGGGAGCUAGCCAGGUGCAUUCUCACACUUGUCCAGUUGGUGAGUGGUUGCAAGGAAUAAUCUGAAUUUCCGGCAGGUUUUAGAUGCUGCGCAGGUACUAACUGGGUUGAAGCCGCAUCCCUCCAUUCCCGAAUCCACUGAUGAACCAUGCUCACAGCCCACAUUUACUCAGUUUGAUGAUGAGUUCUGGGGUAAUGCUGAUAAUAUACGGCCGUUAGCAGAGGUUGAGCGUGUCAUAUUGGAGAAGCCUAAUUUGAAGGAUUUCUCAUCUUUUAGCCUUGGAUUAACUCAGGAGUUUGGACGCGAUGCGUGGGGUGAUGUGUCUAAUAUUGCUAGGGUGAUUAAUGAAUUAUGAUGACCAUGGUGUGGGUGUUGGUAUUGACCGGGUAUGUUUCGCUUUUAUGUUUUGUACUCGUUUAUGUGUGCCUGCUUUCUGAUCUGUUUGUGCCCAUUAACCAAGCAUAGUUUGCCAAGUACUUAAUUUUUGGAGUUAUUUAUGUUACUCUCUUCAUUUCUGCCUUGUGUUUUUCUUUCUGGGAUGCAGGAUGUGAAUAUUGAUCACGUUUCUGGUUCUUAGCAUGGUGGUUACUUAGGUGUUAAUGACAAACAAUAAGUUCAUGAUGGGGGUGUGGAUGGUGGUUCGGAUAUGGUGUUGUGUUCUUUCAUAGCCGGUUGGCGGUCUACGCGCAAUUGAGGGGGUUGAAUUAAUGUUGGGGCCCUGGUUGUUCCUCGUGUGGGUUCCACAUCCGUUUGUCCUGCUCCACGCAAGGACAAUAGAACAGCUCGUACUGUUAUGGGGUCAAUUCAUCCUGGUGGUGUCCACUCUAUUGCUUCCAUGCCUUCACUCGAUUUAUUGGAUGAUGUCAAUUUUUCCAAGUGGGUGCUCGAGUAUGGGAGUGAUGAUUUGCAUGAGUUUUUAUUCUCUUACAGUGGUCGGACUGUUAGUCGUGAUGAUAUACGUUCUUUGGCACCUGGGGCGGAGGUUUCUUUCGGUGUGAUUAAUGCAUGAUCCUGUAUAUUAACUUGUAGAGAACGUACCAAGGAUCCAUGAGCACCAGCUAGGGUGUUUGCCUCUCCGUUCACUACUGUAUAUUGAACACUGGUGUGUUAGUUGUUCAAAAAAAAAAUAAAAUAGACAAGCAGAAGUUGGGUAAGUUUUCGGAGGCUUUGGGGCGCUGAUUUUGCACUUGGUCAUAAAACAUGGGGUCAUGUUCAUCUCCUUUUCUUUCUCAUCCUUCAACAAAAUCAUUUCUACCUCUUGUGUGUCAACUUCAAAUACGAGCGGCUUGAAAUUAUUGAUAAUUCUGGUUCGACACCGCCCACUCCGGUGAAGUAUGGUGAUACCCCAAAAAAUGUGAAACUGUUGUUGUCCGAAUAUUUCACAUAUGUUGGUGAGAAGUUCAAGUCAAUUGUUUGUGAGAAUUUGAUGAAGACCAAAAGGAUGCCGAUGAAGUGGCGGGACACCAAGAACAAGGUGCACUGUGGCAUGUAUCUUAUGUGACACAUGGAGAGUUAUGUUGGUCAAGGUGUUGCAAAAUGAGAUUGUGGGCUGACUAGUGGUGACAAAUUGCAACUUCAGAGGCUACAUUUGCGUUAUAUGAAGGAGCUUUGCAUAGUUGAUGUAAAUGCACACUGUACUAGCAAUAUGGCUCAUGUGUUACACUUUCUUUCCGGGCGUUAGUUUCCUUGUUGUUGUUAACUAGUUGUUUACUUAUGGGGGUCGUUGUUGGAUUUUCAUUACUAAUGUUUGCACACAAUUUUGUUCUGUUUUCAACUACUUCAUUUCUAGUGUAAUAGAUUUAUUCGCUCACCAACAGUGUUAUAGUUUUAUUAUUAUUCACGUAUUACUUUAGUUGUCA